UCGAUUUUGAUUGGGUUUGCCUAGCUCUCGAGCUGGAAGAGGAGGAAGCGGCGUUAUCGAUUGCGGGAAUCCGAGUCCCAGCACUCGAGGAAGUUGGCCCGGACCAGGAAAAUGUACCUCAGUUGGCCGAAAUUCUGAUUUACAAAAGAGUUAUUUGCGCGUUUUGAUGACUUUUCGCGGCGCAGCAACCUUGCCACGGUUUCUCGAACCGUGUCACUCGGCUGUCGGAGAAGCCCCUGCCCCCCAGAGCGCUCCGAUCACCGCCAGAUUUGUAUCACUCUCGCUUUCAGGGCUGGCUUAAUUAAUUUAAAUUUAAACUAGAGCUAGAGCGCACGCCUUAAGUCGUCGUCAAACAAAAGGCACAGAUACGGCGGAUAACUGGGCAUAUGCCAUGUCUCUGGAGGCGCAUACAUAUGCACGUACAGCACAAUGUUUAUUAUUAAUUUUAUAUAAAAGCAACAACAAUUAAUUGUAAUUGACUCAGUCGCACGGGUAGCGCACAGCAGCCAAGUCGGACUUGGAUUGGGACUUGGACUCGGAUAGGUCUUCGGUAUCUCGAACUUCACCUGCACCACCUCAGUUGGCGACCAUGCGACUCGGAGUUGGUUGUCUUCUGGUGCUCCUGGGCAUUUGCGGAGCCGCUCGGGCGGAUCUCACCUAUCGCGGAAAUGCGGUUCACCCAGAUUACCCUGGUCAGUGCUACUAUGAGGAGCUCAACCAGGCCAUUCCCAGGAAGCAGUCCUACAAGCCCAUCAACCGCGAGGGCUACUGCCAAUCCAUCUACUGUCGGCCGGACUACGUCCUAGAGAUUGGCUACUGCGGUCGCCACAACCUGGUGCCCACGGAGCAGUGCAAGAUCGCCGCGGACAUGCGGCGCACCUUCCCCGACUGCUGUCCCAAGUUGGUCUGCCAGGAGGCGGAGAGCAACUACAUCUAGGCCGGACCCGGAUGCCAUAGGCAGCACUUAGUAUUACUUCACUUGCCCCAUUUGUUUCUGGAAUAACUAUAUGGUUAAGAUGUUUUUUAAGGGUUUAAAUUUUCAUUGGUGGUCAAAAAAUGUCCUACAUUUCCCAUAUAAAUAAAUAUACAUACAUAUGUUUUAUAAACUACCAAACU